GGGUAGGUUAUCUCUACUCCUCGUUUUUCUUUUCCUUGAGCUGAGGGCUUUUUCUGCAACUCUUUUAAUUUUAGAAGUUUCCCUUUUUUCUCCUUGUGCUGCAACUCGUUGAUUUUAUAAGUGCGAGGGUUUUGUUUCUGAAAAGAAAAAGGCUUUGUUUACCAGUCUGGAGAGAUGGUGAGGGGAAAGACUCAGAUGAAGCGUAUUGAGAACGCGACCAGCAGGCAGGUCACCUUCUCCAAGCGGCGCAACGGCCUCCUCAAGAAGGCCUUCGAGCUCUCGGUCCUUUGCGACGCAGAGGUUGCGCUCAUCGUCUUCUCGCCCAGAGGCAAGCUCCAUGAGUUCUCCAGCUCCAAUUCGCUUCACGGCGCCAAUUGUAGUCAAACGAUUGGCAAUGGACUUAAUACAAAUUUCAGCAUGCAAAAGACGAUUGAGAGAUACCAGAGAUACUCAAAAGAAGUGGGAAUGAAUGGCAAAAUAUUGGAACAGAGCAUGCAGCACUGGAAGUAUGAAGCUGCUACCAUGGCAAAGAAGAUAGAGCUCCUUGAGUUUUCUAAAAGGAAGCUUCUGGGGGAAUCAUUAGAUUCAUGCUCCGUGGAGGAACUGCAACAUAUAGAAAGCCAGCUUGAGCGAAGCCUAAGUAGUAUCAGGGGAAGAAAGACUGCAAUGUUAAUGGAGCAGAUUGAGAAGCUAAAAGAAAAGGAAAAAGUCUUGUCUGCGGAAAAUGCGAUGCUAAGUGAGAAGUGUGGGAUACCACAAACACCUCUAAGAGACAACCGGAAAUCAACUGUUUCUUAUAUAACCAGUAGUGAGCAUGUCGAUGUGGAGACUGAUUUGUACAUUGGAAGGCCAGAAAGUGCACGUGGUCGGUACACUGUGCAGGUUAUUGCUGAUGGAAAUAAAUGAGAUUCAAACCUUUCAUAUUCUAACUGUCGAAGCUGACACAACGCAGUAUUACAGAAUUGAAUUCCGAGGAAUCAUUUCUUCAAUUGUAUGAUGAAAAUCUGUGUUGCUUAAUGCAUGGGAUUGACCAUUGCAUUCUGUUAUGUUCAUAUGAAGAACUCAAAAGAGGAAUGGUAAAUUGGUAAUAAAUCCUUGAAUGAUUCACUGUAGCAUUAUUUGUAACUCGAACCAAAUCAAUUCCAGUAAACUUAAAUGUGCUGUAC